AUGGUUUACAGCGGGAAGCCAAGUCUAGCCUGCGAACGCUGUCGCCCACGGCGCCUAAAGUGCGAUUGGGGGAAACCAGCAUGCUCCCAGUGCAUUCGGGCCAAAGUUGACUGUCCCGGGUAUCGAUCUGCUUUGGAGUAUACCUUUCGUGACCAAAGUCGUGAUGUUAUUCGCAAGGCACAACUCAAAGCCGAAAGGGAAUCCAAAGAAAUUAGCAAGCGACAAAAGCGGACCGUCAAGGGUAACAGCAACCAAAUGCUGACUUACUCGCCUUCACCUUCCUCAAGCCUAUCGCAUCCAACCGCAGAACUGGCGAAGGGAUAUCUCUUUGUGAAUUACAUUGCCAAGGGUGAUCGAGGGGCGUAUAUGCCGUACCUUUCGUCUUUAACAAACCACCUGGAGAGCUCCGCUGUGAACGAUGCUCUUACGGCUGCUGGUCUGGCGGCCUUGUCCAAUAUCCAUAGGUCUCCCCAGAUGAUGUAUACAGCCCGUAAACACUAUAUGACUGCGUUGUCGCAAACUAAUAACUCUCUCGGUAACGCGCAUUUGCGUACGAGCGAUGAAACUUUAGCAACAGUGGUGCUAUUGAGCAUGUUUGAAGUAUUGGCCUGCGGCGAUGACCUCUUUAUGACAAGAUGGAUAAAGCACUUAGAUGGCGCGGCAAUUUUAAUUGAGACCAGGGGUCGAGAGCAAAUAUCUCGACCGGAAGGAUUGGCGCUAUUCAGUCAGUUACGUACCCAGAUAGUGCUCAGUCAUGUGUAUCGGCAAAAGCAUACAUCGGCAGUGAUUCGUAAUCUCAGUCAAGAAGCAGCAAAAUACCGACCGAAUAAAGAUGAUGCAAUCAUCGAUCGACUCAGUGGCGUGACCAUUCUUCUCGGGGAUCUCUGUGCAGACAUCAAGGAGGGUACUAUAAGCUGCCCUUCGGACAUAGUGCGUUGUGCCUUAGAAUUAGACGCACAGCUCCAAUCGAUAAUGUCCGAUAUACCUGCUUCAAUGGGCUACAGGACUGUCAACGCUGCCCUAGCUCACAGAGGGUCUAUGGUUAACACUGUUUGGGGAGCCCAAUAUCACACUUACCGAGAUAUUACCGUAAGUAGCUUCUGGAACAACUAUCGAUCUGCCAGGCUGGUACUCCUGGACUUGAUUGUUGAAGCAAUCAAAGCCAUGAACACACCCUUGCUCGACAACAAAAGAGAAGCGCAUCAUCAUUUAUUGCGACAAUGCCAGGAAAUAUCCCGUCAAUUAGUUGAGGAUAUUUGCGCAAGUGUGCCAUUUCAUCUCGGAUCAGUGGUGGAUGACAACCAUGUCGACAAAACCUCCAAUCAUCCAACCUUUGGAAGCUCUUCAGACGCAGAUAGGCAUCAUGCGUCUUCAUUUGUGGUUCCAGCGGCCGGGGGAUUUGCCUUAAUGUGGCCUUUGUUGAUUGCUGCAGAUUCUGGUUAUGCGUCCAAGGAACUUCGAGCUUGGAUCAUAGAUUGUUUAAUCAGAAUUGGCCGUUCUAUGGGAAUCAACCAGGCGUUAGCGAUGGCACAACUGGUACAAGAGGGCGAGAGCACGCGGGCCUGGCUAUACCCGGAGUAUUAUUCACCGGAACAAGGCGACCAGGAGGGGCAGUAG